UCACUUCCACUUAGGCACUAACCACCACCCGUUCCUCUUCUUUCCGAAAACGGAUAAUAAUCCUCAUGGCCACUGCUUCUGCUCCUCUCCUCAGGCCAACUAUAACCACCACCACCACCACCACCACCGCAACAACCUCCGUCACCCACCAAUCUCUCUAUCUCUCCUCCAAAAUCCUCUUCCCUACCUUUCCCUCUAAAAAUCACAGGCCAAUUACCAAGCUUCACGUCUCCUCCCCGACCAACAAACCCAUUACCACCACCACCUCAAAAAAACCUAAGGAAGAAACAAUCUUUUUCGACGGUGGAGCACACUACGGGGACCUCGUAGCCAAUCUGCUACUGGGUUUCACUCUGCUUUGGCUACCAUUGACUCUAGCUGCAGUGUCGAGGGCCUUUUAUCUGAGAUACAGGUUCACGAACCUACGUGUGACGGUGAUUUCAGGGUUGACAGGUCAAGACAGGAGUGAUUUCUCUUACAAGGUGAUUAAGGAUGUGCAAGUCGUGCCGCGUUUUAUAGGCGAAUGGGGUGAUAUUGUGAUUACCUUGAAAGAUGGUACUAAGGUUGAUCUUAGGAGUGUGCCUAAGUUCAGAGAGAUUGCUAAGUAUUGCUUGUCUAUGGCUGAAGAACCGGUGGUUUUGAAGGAGACUGCGCCUAAAGGAUUUUGAUUUUAAGUUUUAAGAGGUUUUUAUCUCUUUUCUUUGGACGAUAUCUAAUUUCUGUUGAAUGUUGCAAUUACAAAUUAUAUGUAGUACUCGUUGUGAAGAUAAUUGAAGAGUAAAUAUGGUUACGUUGUUCUAAA